CCUUGUACAGUACACACACGAAUCGACCAACAUCGAGCCAAUACACCCGAGAACAAAAUGAACAGCCCAAACUCACAGCUGUGUGUUUCUCGUAGUUACAGCUCAUCUCUCUGCCCCUUGUCAGCAAUCCUCCCCCACUCAUUGGGGUGAUCGAUGGACGUCCCAAACACAAAUGCCAGCCAACCACCUGCAUCGCACCCCGACAUGCAGAAUCGCUUCUGUCUCACAUGUCUCCGUGCCUCUGUUCACCUAGAUUUGCCGACGGCCAGUCGGGCCAGAACGUCGUUUCUAUUAUGCGUCCUUUCCUCACCCCUGCUCUUUGCAUCCUCGCAUAGCGCAGGAGGAAGACGCCCUUGCUCAUUGCCGACGUGUGCGUGCCGAUGAAGUAGUCGCAGCCAGCUAAGAGCCUCGAGUCCACAAUGAUGCCAAGGGUCGCAUGUGUCCGAUUGUAGCUCCCCUCCGCCACGUUCCAGUAGUCACGGACAAUGUGAAACGGCGCAUUAUCCCGCGACUGCGGCCUCUGACGGCCAGGCAGCUCACUCGGCAGAAACACAUACUCCAUUGUCCUCUUCUGUUGUCGCUGCUGUGUCUGGAGGUGAGUGGUUAUGUCCUUUGAGUCUGUAGAGACAUAGACAUGUCGGACACCCUCCUUCCUGAGGACAUGGUCGAUAUACGGCUUGUACACCUGCUCGAACACGCGCCGGUCGCUCUCGCCCAGCGAGGCGUACUUGUCUCCCCGACGGACGUGCACACCGAGACACUCAGCGGACUUGUUCAGCCCCAGUGUUUCCCGCAGCUGUGUCGCCAGUGUGUCGAUGAAGGGCAGCGGGUGGAACACAUGCGAGACAAGAAAGGCUUGCUGCGAUGUGGGGGUGUCCUGGGGGAAAGCCAGAGCAAGGGAUGGCCCAAAGAAGUCGUUUACCCCGGUGUCGUAGCCGGAGAUGGUGCUGCGGGGAUAUCGAAGCGCUUGGCUUGGGCAUGCUGACCAUCGGUGUCUCCCAGAGCGUCUCCUCUCCUUCUGAUCAGCCGUCCUCUUGAUUCUGUCCCAUUGUUCUUGGGAGCCCUCGACGAUGCUGCACGAGCUGUUGACAAGAGGGUUGCAUAGCGGCUUGAAGAGGCAGGCAAAGCCGCCUUGAGAACAGUCACGCAAGUCCACCGCAUUCCAAUGCCUCUCGGCCAUCAUCAAAAUGUCCAUGCCAUGGCUAACAGCCACGUUGAGGGCGCCAGCAAGCCGGAGAAGAGCCGCCCAGAAGCCGUGUGCUUUGCAGGCGGCGAGGGAGGCGUCCUCUGCUCCCAUGAUGACAUCGACACGCUCUUGCACUGUGGAAUUCAUGGCCUUUUCUCG